AUGGCAGUCACUCGCAGACCGCUGCUUUCGUGCCUCGUGCUUGCGGCGCUAUGCGUCCUUACUGGCAAUUGCUUCAUUGGAGCGAUUCGAACUCCUCGUCGGGAUUUGGGCUCCAACUCCAGGCUGCCAAUGCAAGGAACCCAGGUAGAAGUGGCUGACUCUAAGGAGGAUGAUCCUUUCCUACAGUUUAUCGAUCGCUGGAGCACCAAUGGCGGCCUGUUGUUGGGCUCUGCCAUUGCAAUUGCCCUGGGCAUUGGUCUCGAGAAAUUCUUCGAGCUCUUCAUGGAUUGGACCAAGGCAGGCAUGGCAGUCACUUUCACAUACUCGGCUGGAUUUAUGAUCUGGCUGUCGCAGUGCCCUCCGACGGCUGGAGAGACUGAGAGAUGUCUCGCAACGAAAUCCUAG